GAGGCGCUGCGAACAAGCUGGGUGCCGAGGAGGGGAGGAGUUGGCCGAGUCAGAAUCGGGCCCCCAAACUGGUGGGUGGAGGGGAAAGCGGCAUUUCGGCCCGGCCUCGGAGUUGCCAUUGAGUCUUGGAAAGUCGGUGUCUGGGCGAUGUGUCUGGGUGUGCUUGGCGCUUCCGGAGGUGAGGCAGGCAGGCAGAGGGAGGGGAGCCAGGGGAGCGGACAGAGUGAUUCACAGCUCCCAGAGUCUGGCAGCUGGGGUCCGUCAGCAGAGUGGGGAACGGAGGCAGAGCCAGAGCCGGAGGGCUGAUGCCGGGCCAGGCAGAGGAGAGGCUCGGCAGCCCUUCCCAGUCUUGCCCACUUCCUUCCCUUGUUAAAAGGUGCCUUCCUGACUGGAAGUAAGUUGGGGGGACCUUGCCUUUGGAGAGGGGCCCUGCAGGACCAAAGGGGCCCAGCCAGAGGCCCGGCCUGCUUGGGCACUUCUGGCCUCCCGCUUUUCUGCCCGGCCCCUCCAGCUGGCUUUCUCUUUUCUGCCAAAGACUUUAUGACACCCUGAGGACCAGAGCCGGCCUCCGCCGGGGUCAGUCACAGCUGGGUCAGCCAAGCAACAAAUACCGCCUUGCCAGAUACUGCAUAUUCACCACCUUAUCUGCAGGCUCCUCCCCCUAGUCACUACUCUCAAGCAGAUCUGGAGAUUGCAGAUCCCAGAAUCUCUGAGCAGGAAGGAAUCUUGGACCAUUCUACCUGAGCAGAAAUCCCUUCUCCAGCACCGGCCACAAUUUCGAACUCCCCUGGAGUCUUGGCAACAACAGUCUCCGCUGCCUUGGUGGACGGAUGCAUCCCUCCCGGCCAGAGCAGGGCCUCCAGACUCAACUUUCUUGACAUGGGUGUCCUCUACCUGAUGGCAAGAUCUAAGAUGUGGUCCAGCUAACCACACAAGGCUAGGGGCUGGGCAAGUUGUGGGGAGGGGAAGGAGCUCCCAGAGCCCCUCCCUCCCUCUCCUCCAAUCGAUCUCCAUGGAAAAAGGACAUUCUUGGCCUCAGGAUACCCGGGACAUUCUUCACAGCCUGAGAAUGAGGAGCAAAUAUGCUCUUUUCCUGCUGUUUGUGGUUAUUGUCUUUGUCUUCAUUGAGAAAGAAAAUAAAAUCAUAUCAAGGGUCUCGGACAAGCUGAAGCAAAUCCCACAAUCCCUCAUGGACGCGAACGGCACCGACCCGGCGCUGAUGCUCGCCGAGAACGCGUCCCUCCUGUCCCUGAGCGAACUGGACUCUUCCUUCUCCCAGCUCCGGCAGCGGCUCCGGAACGUCACCCUGCAGCUGGGGGGAGAGCCGGCGGAGCUGCCGCUGGGCCCGCGACGGCACGUGCUGCUGAUGGCCACCACCAGGACGGGCUCCUCCUUCGUGGGCGAGUUCUUUAACCAGCAGGGCAACAUCUUCUACCUCUUCGAACCUCUGUGGCACAUCGAGCGGACCGUGACCUUCGAGCCCGGGGGCGCCAACGCCGCCGGCUCCGCCCUGGUCUACCGGGACGUGCUGAAGCAGCUGUUCCUGUGCGACCUCUACAUCCUGGAGCACUUCAUCAGCCCGCUGCCCGAGGACCACCUGACUCCGUUCAUGUUCCGGAGAGGGUCCAGCCGCUCGCUCUGCGAGGAGCCCGUGUGCACGCCCGCCGUCAAGAAGGUCUUCGAGAAGUUCCACUGCAAGAACCGCCGCUGCGGCCCCCUCAACCUGACCCUGGCCGCGGACGCCUGCCUGCGCAAGGAGCACAUGGCGCUCAAGGCCGUGCGCAUCCGCCAGCUGGAGUUCCUUCGGCCGCUGGUGGAAGACCCCCGCCUGGACAUGCGGAUCAUCCAGCUGGUCCGGGACCCCCGCGCCGUGCAGGCGUCCCGCAUGGUGGCCUUCUCCGGCAAGUACGAGACCUGGAAGAAAUGGGUGGCGGAAGGGGAGGCCCGCCUGCGGGAGGACGAGGUCCAGCGGCUCCGGGGGAACUGCGAGAGCAUCCGGCUCUCGGCCGAGCUGGGCCUGAGCCAGCCCUCCUGGCUGCGGGGCCGCUACAUGCUGGUGCGCUACGAGGACGUGGCCCGCCUGCCGCUGCAGAAGGCCCGGGAGAUGUACCGCUUCGCGGGGAUCACCCUCACCCCGCAGGUGGAGGACUGGAUCCGGAAGAACACCCAAGCCCCCCAGGACAGCAGCGGCAUCUACUCCACCCAGAAGAACUCCUCGGAGCAGUAUGACAAGUGGCGCUUCAGCAUCCCCUUCAAGCUGGCCCAGGUGGUCCAGGGAGCCUGCGCUCCCGCCAUGCGGCUCUUCGGCUACAAGCUGGCCCCCGACCCCGCCACCCUCACCAAUCGCUCCAUCAGUCUGCUGGAGGACCGGGGCACCUUCUGGGUGACGUAAUGGCGAGAGGGGCCCUGGAUCCUCGGCCACAGCCCCGUCCCCACUCCCCUGACCUACUCACGUCAGCUGCCAGACUGAACCGCCACCGCGCAGGCGGAGCCGUGUCAGCCUGAGAGAUGGGCUGUGGUGGCAAGGGUCGUCCAGUACGAAAUUAAAUGAGCCAGGCGCGUCUCUUGCGAGAGAAGCAGGCCUUACCCCGCCCCACCCUGCGCCUUACUCCCCCCUCCUCCUGCGCCUUACCCCCCCCCCCGCCCCACCCCCUUCUUCUCCUCUUGCCACCGGGAUUUCCUAGGACAGAACGAGACCGGAGCAGCUCCCGGCCCUGCAAACCUCCAUCCCACCCGGAGGAAUCCUGCCCGGAGGCUGGAGGCUGGACUGCCUCGAUCUCAUUUUCACCCGCCCACAGCACACUCUGCCUCGCUCCCCAACUUCCUACAAGUGCCUCCCCGUCCCUGCGGGGGACCUCUGCCCUAAGCACUCCGAGAGACUCUCUCAUUGUGUUUAUCCUAAUUGUUGUAGAAGAGGGACUGGAGGUGAGAGAUAGUCCUAGCCUGAUCCACCUGCCGCAGAAGGCCUCAUGGGAAACUCCCAGCCCCAGGGAGGCCCCUGCAGGCUCCUGGUUCUCACUACUACCUCCUUUUAUCUGUAAGUUUACUCACUUUUGUGGCAGACAGGCUGCCUUAACCUGGCUUUUGGCCAACCCUUUUACAAUUUAUUUAUGACACACACUCACCCCCAAAGACCGUUUGACUCCUACCGGGCCUCUCUCCUUGAAGGCUGCCGGGGCCUCCCUUUGGAAGGCAUCAUCAAAACCAGGGGGACAGAUAAAAGGUCUCUUUGGUUGAUUGGCUGAAGCUGGACCAAGCCUGGGGAAGGUACAAAGAAUAUGCAGGAGAAAGGGGGGAAGGGGCAGCCCAAAGUCUCUAUUUCUCUCUGGAAGACAGUAGUCUUUUCCUACCCCUUCAUCAGACCACAAAUUAGCCAUCAAAGUGACAAACCAGUAUCUGGAAGCUCCCCUCUCCCCCACUGAGGUUUCUGGGGAGAAAACUGUAUAACUUAGUAGGGGACCAUUUGGGGCUUUAAAGUUAUUUAUGAUUUAGUUUCUUCUUUUGUUAUUUUUCUUCCAGCAAGAAGUAUUGGUUGGAGGUUGUUGGUAGAAAAGUCAGUUGGGGUCUUGAGGGAGACUUAGAAGAACCAAAGGCUGAGGUUUCCCUUAGCCCAGGGAGCAGGAGCCAUUGCCACGGGGGUCCCCAGAAAAAAGUGAGGCAGCUGGAGUCAAUUUGAGCCUGCUCAGCUCUUCCUCCCCUCCUUUCACCAGUCCUGCUUUUCAGGAGACUUGUCUUCUUUACCCCAUUGUUUCCCUGUUCUUGUUGUUGGGGUGCUUCUCCCUCUCCUUAGAGAGGCACCCUGACCUCAGAAUGCUGUCUCCGUGUACAUGUUUUGCUUCUAAAGACAGUGUUCAGUGACAAACUCCCCCUGUCCCCUCAGAGCCGUGGCCUAGAAUUUAGCAAAACACAAAAAUUUAGCAUUUGUUAUACAGAGUUAAUUAAUUCCACCAGCAUUUAUUCAGGUGCCUUCAAGUGACCAAAGCUCUGCAUCAGGGACUGGGCAGCCAAAGACAAAAAACAAAUAAUUAAUGCCUGCCUUCCUGGAGCUUACAUUCUCCUGGGCAAUAGACAAGUUCCACAUCUGGUCAUCCCAGGCCACCAUAUUUGGUGAGAGGAGGAUGACAUUCUACUUUGAGAUUGGUCACCGCUCAGGGGAGCCUAAAGGCAGCCAAGUUACAGUGUCCAGAACCAUGAGGGGUUCAUCCUUGCUGGGUGGGGCUACUUCCAUUUGGGGGAGCCAUGGCUGUUGCCUUUCUCAACUUCAUAUUCCAUGGAUGGGCAGUGCAGUGACGUGCCUCCUUCCCCAGUAAAGAGAGCUUCAUUUUGAACAAACUGGACUGACAUUCAUAGAACCCAGUAACACCAUCUGGGAACCUCUUCCCACCUCAGGAUGUGGUGUUGCUGAAGACAUCUCUGGCAGGCCCAGAAUGUUUUUUUCCUAAUAAGGAGACUACUUUCCCCCUCCUCCCUGUCCCCACUCCUCCUUUACCUCCUGGUUCCCCAGAGAUGGAAGCUAUCAGUUCCAGCUAGCACUGUGCUAACAGGCAUAGAGGGGUGAGGGGAAGCCCUUCUCUCCACUCUCAGAGUUGCUUUCUGGGGCUGCAGGCUCCCUGCUCCCUACACCAUCAUCUCUCUCCUCCCACCAGAGAUUUUUGGAGAACUCUAUUAAGAAUGAACUUGGGAGGGGAGGGUUUCCUAUCUUUGGGAUAUUGUUCACUGCAAAUUGAAUUAAUUUAUUUAUUUUGUGAAGAGAUGAAAAAUAAAAAAUAGUUUAUUUGCAGGGA